AUGCUUCUUUCACCAUUACCUUUUGACAACAUGUGCAACAUAGUUCUGACAGCAGGUCUCUGCCUGGUCUUUGCCAGCUUGGGCUCUUCUGAAAGGCUGGUGUGUUACUUUAACAGCUUGGCCGAAGAUAGAGCAGACGCCGGGAAGUUCACGAUUGAGGAUAUCGAUCCGAACAAAUGUACCCAUCUGAUCUACGCCUUCUCUGACAUCAAUGAAUUCAAUGAGCUGGUCCCCACUAGAAGAGCAGACAUUGUCCGCUACCAGUUGCUUAAUGGGCUCAAAACCAGAAAUCCUUCACUCAAAACCCUGUUGGCUGUUGGUGGCCCCACCUUUAACAGAGAAAAAUUCACUACCAUGGUGUCAACCACACAAAAGAGAACAACGUUCAUCCAGUCUGCUGUCGCACUACUGAGAUUAUUUCAGUUUGAUGGGUUAAACCUGGACUGGAUGUACCCUGUUGGAGCAGGAGGCAACCCAGACAACAAGCAGAAAUUUACACUGUUGUGCAAGGAGCUCAAUGCUGCCUUUGAGACUGAAGGGAAGAAACAUAACCGUGACCGAUUAAUCCUCACAGCAAGUGUCUCUGCUGAGAGAGAGGUCAUUGAUGCCAGUUAUGAAGUCAAAAAGAUUAUCAAGGACCUGGACUUCCUCAAUGUGCUGACGUUUGACUUUCAUGGCUCCUGUGAAAAUGUCACAGGACAUCACAGUCCCUUAUUCAGGGGAUCCCACGAUACUGGAGACAAAAUCUACUAUAAUACUGACUCUGCCAUGCAGUAUUGGUUGGACAAGGGAGCACCUGCACAAUUGCUUAAUUUGGGACUAGCUGCAUAUGGGCGAGCUUUUUCCCUCUCCUCUGCAUCCAGUGAUGUUGGAGCUCCAGCCAGCGGCGCUGGUAAAAAAGGCUGUUACACUGGUGAAGAAGGAUUCUGGGCCUAUUAUGAGACUUGCCUUUAUACUAAAGGGGCUACAGUCCACUGGAUUGCUGAUCAGAAAGUUCCAUAUGCCAUCACAGAAAACCAGUGGGUUGGAUUUGAUGACACACUCAGCAUUAGUACAAAGGUAACCAUCUGUCCCUGUUAUGGAGUGACAGCCGGGCUGGUUCCCAAUCCCUCGGACAAAGGUUCUUUUUUCAACUGUGGCCCUGAUGGAGCCUCCCCCCACCACAACUCUUACAACCACUACUCCCACAACCACUACCACCAUAACUACUCCGACUACCACAACUCCACCUACCACCACAACUACUCCAUCUACCACGACCACAACUCCAACAACUACUCCAGCUAUGACAACCACAGCUCUCGUCACCACAACCACCACAACUCCCACUACCACGACAACAACUCCUACUACCACAAGUCCCACAACCACUACCACCACAUCUACUCCAACUACUGCAACCACAACUACUCCGACUACCACCAGAACUACUCCAUCUACCAUGACCACAACUCCAACAACUACUCCAGCUACGACAACCACAACGGGGAGUUCCAGAGCCUGGGAGCCCUGUCGGAGAACGCCCCUGAGUAG